GGGUCGGAGCCCGGCGGCGCGGCGGCGCCCGCCGAAACUGAAGGUGGUUCCGAGGCGGCGGUGCUCCGGGUCCGAGGGGCUCCAGCGAAACGGCGGCGGUGGCCCCCGAGGCCCCUGAGGGAACUGAGGACGAAGCCGUGAGGCGACACCGCGGCGCGGCCCCCCCCAGCGGCCGUGCGCGGAGUAAAGCAAAAGAGAAUGAAAGAAGUAGACAAUCUUGAAAGUAUAAAUGAAGAAUGGGUUUAUGAAACAGGUUCUGACAACCAACCUCUUAGUGACAACCAGCAAACAGAUUGUGAAUAUUUUGUUGACAGCCUUUUUGAGGAAGCACAGAAGACUGGUGCCAAAUGCUUGUCACCCACUGAAGAAAAGAAACAGGUAGAUGUUAGUAUCACAUUAUGGAAAAAUGGGUUUACAGUCAAUGAUGAUUUCAGAAGUUAUUCUGAUGGUGCGAGUCAACAGUUUCUGAACUCCAUCAAAAAGGGGGAAUUACCUUUAGAAUUACAGGGAAUUUUUGAUAAAGAAGAGUUGGAUGUUAAAGUUGAAGAUAAAAAAAAUGAAAUAUGUGUGUCAACGAAGCCUGUAUUCCAGCCGUUCUCAGGCCAGGGUCACAGACUAGGAAGUGCCACACCAAAAAUUAUUUCUAAAGCAAAGAGUAUUGAAGUAAAGAAUAAAAAUAAUAUGUCUGCUGUCCCGCUUAACAACUUGGAACCUAUCACUAAUAUACAGAUCUGGUUAGCCAAUGGGAAAAGGGUCAUCCAGAAAUUUAACAUUUCUCAUAGGGUAAGCCACAUCAAAGACUUCAUCGAAAAAUACCAAGGAUCUCAGAGAAGUCCUCCCUUUUCUCUGGCCACAGCUCUCCCUUUCCUCAAAUUGCUAGAUGAAACGCUCACACUGGAAGAAGCAGAUUUACAGAACGCUGUCAUCAUUCAGAGACUCCAAAAAGCUGCUGACCCUUGUAGAGGACUUUCAUAGCAUUGAUUUUUGAUAGACUAAGUGGAAAACUUGCAGAGAAAUGAUGGUUAUAAAUGGUCAUGCAAACAGAGAUGGGGGAAAGGAAAAGUCAGAUUCACUGGACUUUGAUUCAAGUACUAUUUAACUCUCUUCUGAUGAGAAUUCUUAAAUAAGUACAAGUUAGCACAGUAAAAUAUGACUGGAAACCAUAUCCAAUGUACUUUUUCCAAAAGGCUGCUCAGAGAGAAAAAUAUACUUAUUUUCAAAACCAAUUAAAUCAAUAUAAGGUAUAUUAACUAUAUCAUUUAGAGUCUUAAUACGGUGUACAUAGCCAAAUACAUUCACACUGUCAUUCUCAAAUCAAUAUUAGCUUCCCAAACAGCAGUGAUUUAUUAAAAUGUUAGCUGUUUCAGAUUUUAAAUAUGGCAGUAAAUUUAAAAAUUACACAUUGCAAAUUAAAAGUAUCAAUAUAAUUCUUUACAACAGAGAUGGGAUGGGAUGAUACUGUUUUCACCCCAGCUAUGCCUAAACUUCAUAGUGUUCUAAUCUUUAUUCUCUCAUGGCAGGAUAUUCUCAAAUAUUAAUUUGGCAACAGUAUGUAAGAUGUAUUUUCAUUUAAGAAUAAAAUUUUCUAGCUUAGUAUAAUUCAAUAUUAUUCUGCCUACUCACAUUUCUACAUUUUCUAAAAAUAUAAUUUUUAAAAAAUUAUUCUCUCCCCAGAAACAUUUCUAUUUUAUUUUAUUUUUGAAAAUUAUGGCUUUGUUUUUAACUUACAUUUGCCGUUAGCCAUGUAUCUGCCACCACUUAGACGCUAAUGUGCAUACUGUCACAUUACUAAUUAAUGACUAUUUUUAAAACUAUCAUGUAAAGUAUGGUUUUCCAUUUCAUUCAUCAGAGUCAACCUAUGUAUACAUUAAAGGAUGAUUUAUUGCAUUCAGAUGUCACCAAAGAAAACAUGCUUUGUUACUUAGACUUUUAACAAAACCAGUUAGACUUUGAUAUUUCACUGUCAGAUUAAAUUCCUUUGCCUGAAAAUCCUAAGUUUAAGAAGCUUUUUUGCACAUGGCCUAUUGAAUUAGAUUUGAGGUGGCUUACUCAUUCUGUGCCAAGGAACUAAGUGGCCCAGGCCUGUGAAUCAGUGUUCAUGCACGCUGGGUAUAUCCACCAAAGCAGCAGUUCUCAAAUUUUUGGUCACCAAGACCUUUUAUUUAUGUAGGUUAUAUCCAUCAAUUAUAUAUUAGAGAUUAAAAGUUAAAAUUUUUGUUCAUUUAAAAUAAUAAACACAUUACAUGUUAACAUAAUAUUUUAAUGAAAAAAAAACUUUUCCAAAAUAUAAAAAGCCUUAUUGAGAAUAGUGGCAUUGCUUUCCAUUUUUGGAAAUAGCUUUCCUGUCUGGCCUAACAUAGGCAGGUGAAUUCUCAUAUCUGCUUCUAUAAAACCUGCUGCAGUUUCACACACCAUUAUUCUCUGGAAAAAACGCCACUGCAUACUCAUAAGAGAGCAAAGAAAGCAAAUAACGUUUUAAUGUGAUGAUGAAACUAGUUCUGAUUUCAAAGACCCCCUAAAGGGUGUCAGGGACCUCCAGAGGUCCCCAGAUCCCACUUCUGAGAACCACUGGGGAAGCUUUUCAAAAAUGCCAGUUCCUGCCAUCUUCCACACACAUUCUGAUUCAUUAGAUCUGGGGUGGGUCCCAGAUCUCAGCGUUUUUUCAUAUCAGAUGAAUUUAGGUAUGUGGUCAAAGCACCAUUCUCUGGGAAAUGCUAAGGUUCCACCUUGGCAAAGUAAAACCUGUGCUCUUAACCGGGGGCAGUGGAAGACUCCCCAGUGAGAUGGGGCUGCUAGACUUCCAAGUUUUGACCCUCACCCCCAUAAUUUCCUCCUAGAGAGGUGGUUCCCCCUAUCUGUGAACUAAUCAUGAUGUAACCCUGUGCUUUAUGUCCUAUAGUACAGCUGAGACAAAGCUGGAACAUUUAAAUGAGGUUUUUACUAAAGGCUCAGGAAUAACAAAAGGGAAAUAAACACAUAACUAGAUGACCUGGCUUACGAGGUGUAUCUUCUGUUUGCAGUCCAUUUUUAAGAUGCUUCCUUUUCUAGCUCCCAAACUUCCACAUGGCAGAAGUCCAUCUUUUUAUUGGGAAGGAGGACAAAGGAGGGUCCUUUCUUUUGGUCCUUCAGAAAUGAAUAGGUACAUAAUAGAAAGUCAGUAUUUAUUGUCAGUAAUAUUUACAGCAGCCAUAGGAGCCCCCUCUAUAGUGUAAAAAAAAAUAAUUGUUCUUUAAAAAAAUAUGAGGGAAGGACAAAAUCAAUGAAUUUAUCCUUAAGAUAUGGAAAAUAAGAUGAUUAAUAUAUGUUCAGGAAUCUCUAAGAAAAUGUUUUGUAGAGGACUGUCAUGAAGAAUUAUAUAAUUUUCAUUUGAAUUGUAAUCAGUACAUGACUCCAUAUAUUUUCUGUAUUCUCCUUGGGAAUGUUCUACAUGUACAUAUAUGAAAGCCUCCUUUGUGAAUUUUUUGGUUUAUAAAUAUUUAAUCAGAAGAUACAUUUUGAGAUUUUCUUGUGUGUUUCUUUAUAGGGACCCAAAGGAGAGGUCCCUAUAAAUACCUAUCAUCAGCAAUAAUCUUCAGUUUUGUAACUGUAAAAACUUUCAUUAGUGUGAAUAAUUUUCUCACAGGUUUUCUAGAAUGAGAAUCAUCCACUAAAGUGCUUUCUCUGAAAGUUAAAAAGUUAUAAACCUAGUAAAUAAAUAUAUAUAUAUGUUAAUUAAAUGUUUGUAAUACUCAAAACAAGUUGACUUUGGAAAACAAACUGAAUUUACCCAAAGAGGGAAAACUUGAAAAUAAGCAAGCAUCAUUGGUGGGGAUAACAAUUUGAACUAAGCAGUUGUUUCAAAACUAUCAACAUUCGGUUUCCUGAAAGUUGUUGCUAGGGCUAAUAGAUAGAAAUGCAGUUCUAAUUUUAGAGAUUCUAAUUUGUUCAUUAAAUCACUGUGCAUAAAAGUUAUAAAAAGUAAUCUUAUUUAUUUUAUAUACUUAUUCAAUAUGCUUUUCAUAGUUCAGUGUGUUGAAAAUAAGUUGGCAUCUGUCUCAGUGCCUUAAAGUAUUUUGAAAGCAAUUUUUUCAAACUCUUUUCUGAAGGGUGAAAUGCUAUUCAUUCAACGGAUUUAGGAAAUAAUUUACAUGUUUGUGAUAAAAUAGUUAUAUAUGGAUGCAUUUGUCAUUUUUAUUUGGCAAAAUCAUUCAGUUUGAGAAUCAACCGACAUUUAUUGACUUCUGUGUGCUAUAUACUUUAACCAAU